AUGUGUACAAGCUCGUAAUGAGGGACGUGAUCUUGCUCGCGAGGGUAAUGAAAUUAUCCGUCAGGCUAGCAAAUGGAGUCCUGAGCUAGCUGCUGUUUGUGAAGUAUGGAAAGAGAUCAAAUUCAAAUAAACUAUCUUUAUAUUCACAAUACACAAUUCAAAUUAUU